CAGACAUUCAGAAACAAUCACAAAAUGGUAGAAAAGGCAAGCGUCGUGUCUUGGAGAGGUUCCGACAAAUACUACAACCCAUACAUUGGCCGUGGAGAGGUACUUUUUACAGGUAAAACUGUUCAAAGAUAUAACUGAGGAGAAAUGGUUCAAUAAAUUCUUUAGCUUCGGAAUGUCUCUUACAGCCACACGUGUUUACAUUAUUUACCGAGCGCAAAAUUUCCUUUAUCUUUGCGGAAUUAAGUCGAGCUCAGAGUGCCCGAAAAGUCAAACACUGUAAAAGUUUUGACUAAAGUUUUGACAGAUAAGAGAGAAACACAGAUGCAGAUGGUGGAGAUAAACUGAUUGACCUCAUGAAGGAAUGUGCGUGUGGAACCGGUCUCCUAUUUCGAAAAAUAGCACUUCAGGGUUCUGUUCUACUUGCGUUGGUCUAGUGAUGCUACGAUGCAUUUUCAGAAAGUUAUAUGCAGUAUUUGCAACCGAUUUCUUGUAUUUACCAUUCUUUGUUGUACGAGGGCCCGUGUGAAAAGCUCUAAAAAAUUUAAGGUUUUGACUGAUGGUAACCUCUAUUGCACGGCUGGGUUCAUACAUCUUUAAGAUUUUUCCAUCAUUAAGACCAAAUUAUGUUCUAUUUCCAUGGUGAACUCGCUGAUAUCUUUCUCUUUUUUUGUUUGAUAGGUCCUGAUGGCAUCAGGGAUCACCACACAGCAGUCCUCGAUCCCAAUACUUAUGUGGGAAUUGGAACAAUGUCUCCUGAGGGGUCUAGUGAUCUGAACUAUUUAUGGAGACCAUCCAAGGUAAGGUUACAACCUUCAUUUAGUGGUUUGGGUGAAUAAUUUAGCAAAAAAAUUAUUGUGAUCAUUAUUUGCUGUUUCAGGAAGUAUUCAGUACCUCACAGAAGAGAACCAUUAUGGUGUAAAUUCCAUAGGGUUCCGUGGGAAGGACUAAAGGCCCCCUGUGGGAGGCUGGGAAAAUAUUUAACUGCAUAAAUUUAUCGUCAGUUUGUGUUUUUUCGAUGUUUUCUUUGAGGGGUGAAUGGUAUUUCUCAAGGUACAUUGAUUAGAAAGGGGCUGAUGAUUUGUUGUAAGGAUCUAUAAUUUAAAUAAUAAUCAUAUUCAAUAAUAAUUGUCAUAUUAUUUCACUGUAGGGCUGUGCUUUUCCUCUGCCCAAGUCUGCCAAGGUAACUAAUUUAGGUGUGAAACAAGUAUGAAUGGGAAAAAUGGUAUUUAAAGUAAAAAACUAAAAUUUUGAAAUCAAAUGAGAGUAAGGACAAUAUACCCUGAAAUGCAUUAAGGGUAUAGUAAUAGUAAUGAAAUCUUCACAAAUAAUUGUCACAUAUCUAUCUAGCCUAUUAGGCUACUGUCACAUAUAAAGGGUUUCUUUAUUUACUAAUAUAGGUUGGAGAAAUUGGGUGGGGUCUUCAGUUUUACAAAGACCAUCGGCAUUUGAGGAGUGGUCACCAAAUCAAGGUAAUGACAGAAACUUUCUCUGAUUCAAAUGUACUUCUUGCAUUUAUGUAAUUAGAUUCAGAUCACAUGUAUGCUGUCAUUUUUCAGUAGCCUUUCCCAGCACUGCCACAUACAUUUAUCAGUUUAAAUUAAUUCUUCAACUUUUUUCUCCUUUGCAUUUAUUUGACAGCUUGGUGAAUUUAGACAAGCUACAGAGGACAGACAUACUCAUCUUUAUCAAAAUCCUUGGUAUGUUUUUUUUUUUAAAUGGUGCAUUACUAACAUUACAUUUGCACAUCAUUCAUUACUUAAUUGAAAAUGUCACAACUUUUUAAUUCCAUGUUUUAUAAUUCCACAGCAACUUAUCAAUAAUAUCAUCAGUGAUUUCAAUUGAUGAGUCCCAUUUUUAUUACCAUGAAAUCUUUGUAGGUAUGCAGGACCAAAUGAUGAACAACCAGAUGAAGCUGGUCAAGGUGUGUAUUGAAAAUGCUGGUGACCAUCUCUAUAACAUAGAUAUACACUAAGUCUAUUAAUUUUCAAUGUCUUUGGAUUAAAAUUCUAACUUUAAAAUACUGGUAACUGACAUUAAACAGAUUACCAGGUUCCAAUGUGCAGUCGAUGCGAACGACACAGGACAUCUUCAAGCAGAUCUAAUUCAAGGUCCUUCAGGUCCCAUACACCAACUCCUCAAAGAGUCCCACUCUCUGAGGCCCUGAGACAAACAACACCUAGGCCUCAUACAGCAGGUCCUAGAAGUAAACCUUGGUCUGGUGCUUCGUCCAGUUCCACAUCGUAAGUUUUGUUUCAUGUUUCAUUAUUGAUGAGUUAGAGAGAGAAGAUUAAUCAUGGAGCCAGACAGAAGAGAGCUAGAAAAAGUGCCCACAUUCUUACUAGUGUUAUUUCUUCUUUAUAAGCCAUUUUGGCUGGGAACUGGGCUUUUAGAAAGACAGUUAUCAAAUUCCAAGAAGCUCUGUUGGCAGGUUCCACAAUUAAUACUAUGUCUAAUUUUUUUUUUAGUCACUGAAAAUAAUAAUUUUAUCACAAACUGCUACUGACAAUGAAAUGGAACUACUUAUAAUAAUAGUAAAGAAAUGAACUGAAAAUAAACCUGCAAUAGAAGCAGGGUGGUACACAUGCAGACCUGCCAGAUUAUUGUCAUACAGUAUGUAUCUUACAGGUUGCAUGACACUAGAGCAGAUAAUAUUUUUUAAAAAGUUCAUGCUACAAAUUUAUCUUUGGCUAUGACUAACCCCAGUCCAAAGUAAAUAAUCAUUCAUUUUCAUAUUAUAUGACAUGAACAUAGAUGUGGCCUGAUACACUCCAAAAUAGAGUUCUCUGUACCUCAGUCGUAGAGCAUCAGAGCAUGGAAUGUGACUGUUUGGGGUUCAAGUGCUUAUGAAGACUCAGUAUUUUUUGUUUGUACCCUGCUCAUGACAAGACAAAACCCAUACUUCUUUAAUUCAUUUUAACUUCAGGAAGUAUUUUAGAUGAUCGAGUUUCAAGAAGUUAAAUAAGUAAGAAAGGUUACAAGAGUAAUGAAAAUAGUUAUAAAUUACAACUAAGUUGCUUAUUGUUAUUAAAACCAGGUUAACAAGAAGAGUAGUAUUAGGGACACCAUAACUAAGCUUCCUUCUCUCUGUGGCCUUAUAUUUGUUAGUGAAUCAAAGCUUCAUGCUUGAUUUGCAAGAAAUGCAACAUCCAGUUGAAGGCAGAUGGUUGGUUUGAUAUAAUUUUCUUUCCUUAUUGUAGACUUCAAAGCCGCAGGGCAGACCAAGAUCUCUAACAACAGCAAAAAAAAAAGAAAAGAAGGAAAACCUGUUGGGAUGUACAGAAAUAUAGGCAUCCAAGGCAAUAGUGUGACUAGUUUUGAGUGUUCCAUUUCCCUUUUCUGUGACAAUUUUUGUAUAUUCCUGGGCUAUGUUGUGAUAUUAACAUACAAACAAAAGAAGUUCAACAACAAAAAAUGAUUUCACAAUUUGAAAUGAAGAUUUUGACAUGUAAAAGGAUGUUUGAUGUUUUGUUGCAUUGGAUAAAAAUGAAAAAGUGAAAUAUUUAAUAAUUAAUUUAUUUUACAUCUGAACCUUCUAAAUAAUAAAAUGACUG